UACCUGCCCAUCACUAUUUCCUCACUUAGCUUUGAUUUUUAUUGUCAACAAGGUUUUCGCGUAGAUGUAACAAUUUAACUGCCAUUAAACCCAUAACAUACUUAGAUACAGAACCGUAAACCACUGUGUCGGAUUUUGAAGACACCCUGUUGUGUGUUUUGUGGUUCUUUCCUGUUAUUAUCUUAUGUUUAUCUCUUGUCAGUGAUCUGAAGAGAUUCCAAGAUGCAGGAGAUCGUGGCCCCAGUGGACUGUAUCAAAUUUGAUAUUGAAAUAGCGUUAGAGCUACAAAAAGGAGCCCAGUUGUUGCCGUUUCCUGGCAUGGACAAAUCUGGAGCAGCCAUAUGCACCUACUUUUUGACAGCAAACUGCAACAGGGGCUCAGCUUGUCCCUUCCGACACAUCAAGGGAGACAGAUCUGUCGUGUGCAAACACUGGCUCAGAGGCCUGUGCAAGAAAGGAGAUGACUGUGAAUUUUUACACGAGUUUGAUAUGUCAAAGAUGCCCGAGUGUUUUUUCUUCUCAAAGUUUGGUCAGUGUAACAACAAAGAAUGUCCCUUUCUUCACAUUGAUCCUGAAAAUAAAGUUAGAGACUGCCCGUGGUACGACAGAGGGUUCUGCCGACAUGGUCCUAAUUGCAAAAAUCGACAUGUCCGGCGUAUCAUGUGCCAGUGCUUCCUGAAUGGAUUCUGCUUAGACGGCCCCAACUGCAAAUAUGUCCAUCCUUCCUUCAAAAUCCCAGAGCCUGAUCCAGUAUUUGCUCAAAAGAAACAGAACAUUCUUUGCCAUGUGUGUAUGCAGCCGGGACAUAAAGCUAUACAGUGUCAUGCUAAUAAACAGGGAGGCGCCCUGUCCGACGCCUCAGGGGCUCAGCAGAUGUCAGGACAUGGCUCCUACGGGCACAACGCACAGCACCAGCAGUUCAACCAGCACCAACCUCGGGAGAGGAGGCCCAUGGAUCAGAUCACCUGCUACAAGUGUGGAGAGAAAGGCCAUUAUGCCAACAAGUGUCCCAAAGGUCAUCUUGCUUUUUUGUCGGCAGCAAAUUAUGCAAAUCAACAAAAUGCCGGACAUUGAUAUGGAUUCUGUUUCAUAUAUGAAAUUAUUUUUUUUUAGAUAAAUCACAUUUAAAUUAAUGCUUUCCUCAAUUACAGACUCAAUGGCUGAUGAUGCUUCUUAUAAUAAGAUGAAUUUUAUAGUUUGUGAUACUGUUUGUUUUCCAUGAAAACUAUUUUUGAUGCAUGGUUCACCUGACUCUAGAUAUUUGGGAUGAGAUCCUGUGAAGAAUUAAUAUUUGAGCUGUUCAUUGGAACAAAGCUUCAGGCUGUUCUUCAAGGAGCAACAAUGUUGGGACUGAAUUGUUAAUGUUAUUGCUUCUGUUUCAUGUGUCAAAAUAAAGCUUGGUUCUUCAAACAUUAA